CGAGAUUCGGAUGUGCCACCCCGCGCUUUAUUGCUUUGACCUCACCCUUCAACAUUCAUGCCUCGCAUCUCCCUCACCUUCCACCUACUCACGCUCCAUCGCCACUCUCCUCCCCUGCGAUCCUCCGAAUAGCCCUCCAUCAUGAAGGGAAAAUGGAGACCCGACGCCUUCCCGCUCGCAAGGACGGGCGGAUAAUCCUGCACUUCGACCACGACUGCUUCUACGCCGCCGUCUUCGAGGCGCGCAACCCGAGUCUGAAGAGCCUUCCCUUCGCCGUCCAGCAGAAACACAUCAUCGCCACCUGUAAUUAUGAGGCGCGCAGACGCGGCCUGCACAAGCUGAUGCUGGUCCGGGAUGCGAAGAGAAUAUGUCCCGACGUGAUCAUCGAGCUUGGGGAGGACUUGACGCGGUUUAGGGACGCGAGCAAGGACUUGUACAACUUCAUCAAGGCCUACUCAUGGGAUGGAAAACUGGAGAGGCUCGGGUUCGACGAGAUAUGGAUGGAUGUCACGAGCAUGGUCGAUUACAACAUGGAAUUCCUCAAUCGCAAUGAUUUACAACACUCCUUCUUCGUGCUCUCGAAAGAAGAUCCCACGCUCGGCUUUGCUUACGAUGCUUCUGUGCUUGCCGGCCACUCGUACCCCAAAGCCCUAGGCCCCAGUGGAGAUGGAGAUGGCAGGCUGGACGAACUCAGCCUUCGCCACCAUCUCGGAAGCCACUUGGCAUUGCACAUCCGGCACCAGCUAGAGGAGCAGAAAGGCUACACUUCGACUGUCGGCAUCGCAACCAACAAGCUGCUGGCCAAACUUGUCGGCAACUUGAACAAGCCCAAGGCUCAGACAACUUUGAUGCCGCCUCUGGCUUCCUCUGACCUCGACUCCGACUCGCUCGGCAACGCCUUGCUAUUCAUGGACGACCACGAAAUCGGCAAAAUCCCGGGGAUCGGCUUCAAACUCGCGCAGAAGUUGCGCGAAUUCAUCGUUCAGCAUCCUGUCGAGUACGACUUCGCCAACGGCGGGGCUCAGGAACAAGUGUCCGUCGCUCGCGUACGGCAGCACCCCGAUAUUGACUUUGAAAAGCUCGAGGCUCUCCUUGGUGGUCCGGGGUCUCCGCAUGGCAUCGGUUACAAAGUGUGGUGUCUGCUGCAUGGCGUGGACGAUUCAGAAGUCAGCCAAGAUCGCCCAGUGCCGAGACAAAUCAGUAUUGAGGACAGCUACUUACGAUUAGACACGAUGACCAAGCUUCUGACCGAGCUGAACACUCUGGCUCAAAGUCUGAUCAAGCGUAUGCGGAUCGAUCUUUUGAGCACCGAAGACGAUUUUGUCGAGGAGAAGUCAACAUCCGAGGUCGAUGCAUCCGAGGCCGUGGACCGGGUGGUCGUUGGUAAAAGAUGGCUCGCUCACCCCAGGACUCUACGUCUCACGACUCGUCCACGCCUCCCGCUCCGUGUGGACGGGACACGCGAGCGAACCAUGAAGCGCAUCUCGCAUUCCUGCCCCUUGCCCAACUUCGUGUUCGACCUACGAGCAAGCACAGAGGCCGUGGCGGAGAAACUCGUGCGCCAGACGGUCCUGCACAUGUUUCGUCGACUGCAUCCCGAGAAAUCCGGGUGGGAUUUGAGCUUGGUCAAUCUGGCGGUGACGAAUAUGGCCGAGGCGGCGGGUGAGAGCAAGACGGCGAAUGGCAGGGACAUCAGCAACAUGUUUAAGAGGCAGGAUGAAGUGCUGAAGGACUUUAGAGUCACCGAGAGCCCGCCCGAGCUCGUGAGUUUCUCAGGCGAGCUCAGCGAGGAAGAGGGAAGCCAUGUCGCUGCAUUUGGCGAAGGGGUUCCGAUGUUCAACGACGACAACGAAGACGACGACUGGAACGAGUGAGGAAUAAUUCAA